AUGGGGUUGGCGUCAUCUAAAGUGUUAGAUUCCCUAAUGGAUGGAACAAAUUUUGACCGUGAAGAAAUCGAUCGUUUGCGGAAACGGUUUAUGAAACUUGACAGCGAUGGUAGCGGAACGAUUGACAAGAAUGAGUUUUUGGCUAUUCCGGGAAUUCUGUCGAACCCAUUGGCGCAAAGACUUAUGGAUGUGUUUGACGAGGACAACGAUGGUACUAUUGAUUUCCAGGAAUUUAUUACUGGACUUUCUGCGUUCAGUGGGAAAACAUCCAGAGACGAGAAACUAAGGUUUGCGUUCAAGAUUUACGACAUUGAUCAGGACGGAUUUAUUGCCACAGGCGAAUUGUUCAUUGUUAUGAAGAUGAUGGUUGGCAAAAAUCUACUGGAUGCAGAGCUUCAGCAGGUGGUGGACAAGACGAUUAUGGAAAACGAUCGCGAUGGUGAUAAUAAGUUGAGUUUCGAGGAGUUCCGCAAUGCGGUGGAUCUGACACUGGUAGCCAAUGUUUUGACGUUAAACGACUUUUAG